CUGUGUGUGCUGGAGAGAUGGAUACGACGCCGCUGUCUACCGGCUGUGUGAGUGAGAUGGAGGCCGGUGGAGACGCUGAAGAGGGAGAGGCUCGGGAGGGGAGCACGGAGGUGAGAGAUGAUUGCCAGAGACUCACUGCAGAGAGAGAUGAGGCUGAAAGGCAACUCAAGCACAUUAAAAGAGUUUCCCAAAUGGUGAUUGAAGAGGUGAACGUACUACAGACCCAGCUUGAGAUUGAGAAAUCCUGCAGGGAAAAUGCAGAGGCUCUGGCUACGAAGCUGAACUGUGAGAACAGGAAACUGAAGUAUUUGAGCCUGUCAUCAAGGCCGUGUCUGGACGAGCUGCUGCCUAGCAUUUCUGACUGCAUCUCGCUAGAAGAAGAGGUUGAACAACAAGACCACAGCUCUGAUUCAUUUUCCCAAUAUAAGCAGCAGGUCAAAGAUCUUCAAGAAACCGUGAGUUCUUUGCUGGAGGAGAAGAAGCAGUUGGCUUGUCAGCUGCAAGAACAGCAGAGACGAAUAGUGGAGCUGACCGCACUUAGGGAAAAGGAGCAGGCCGAGAUGAAGGAGCUUUAUAAAACCAUUGAGCAGCAAAGCAAGACCAUUAAGAGGUUCAACAGGGUAUCUAUGGUGGCCACUACUGAGUAUGAAAACAUGAAGGAGCAGCUGGAUUUGGAGCAGAGCCUCAGGCAGAAAGCGGAGACCUAUGCACACGAGAUGAUGGUGAAGCAAAAAGAAGCAAACAGACAGAGCAUGAUUUUGCUGCAACAGGCAGAUCCCAGCAUUCAACUGCUCAAAGCUUUAGAGGAUGUGGCCAAUGUGACCAAAACAUUAGAGGAAGAGAGAAUACAGCACCAGGAGAAGGUAAAGGCUCUAGAGACCGAACUGGAACAGUGUGCUUUACGUAAGCAGCUGGUUCAACUGCAGAGACAACUGGAAAUAUCAGACGAAGAGAAGAAAGAGACAGAGGGACGACUGCAAGAGGAAGAGAAGAAAAACACUAUUUUGGAAGAGAAAGUUAAAGAUCUGCAGGAGGCAAGGGCAAGCUCUGACUCAGCAUCAGGUCCCUCCCCCGGGACUGCUCCACCCCCGGCCCCACCUCCUCAACCUCCUCCACCUCCCCCACCCCCUCCUCCUCCGCCUCCCCCACCUCCUCCAUCCCGCUGCAACCCCCUCAGCUCUCUCAUUGCGAUUAUGAGGAAGUCUUCCAAGGGAGGUAAAGGAACUCCGAAACUAGAGCAGGCCCCAGUGAAUGAAGCUGUGGAUGAUGUCAAAGUGAAAGCUGUUAAUGAAAUGAUGGAGAGAAUUAAACAUGGGGUUGUUCUCAGGCCUGUGAAGAGUCAGGACACUAAGAGAUUUGGCACAAAGCAACCAAGCCCUGUGACCGCGGCCGCAGCAGCAGCAGUGGAAGAAAAGCACCAGGAGAGUGCAAUGGAGGAGCUGAAAGGCAUUCUGGAGACAGUGAAGAAGAGUCCUAGUCGUGGCUUCCAGGAAGUAGCUCAUGUUAAAAAGGACAGUGAACUGGAAGUAAUUCUGAGGAGGAGACGCAAACAGGCCUGUGAUCCUGGCGCAGAAGAUAAUAGGCAGCUGAGUAAAGUCUCCUCCUCGAACAGUCUAAACGGCCGACACAGUUCUGACUCUGGCAAAGACACAGAGGGGCCGAGCAGCAGCUCUCUGUCUGGCAGUGAACGAGGAUCAAGAACCAGCUCAGACUCGGGUCGAGAGCCAGCUGUGGUCCAACAGAGCUCAGAUUCUGGCAUGGAGUCCAAAGGAGCCGUUCAGACAGACAGGGACUGCAGAUCCCUCACUGAGAAAGAGCCCACUGAGCCGAUCACCAACGGGUGCUGUUUGGGUGAAGCACAAGAUGGUGAUCCUGAGAAGUGGACGGGGCCUAAUGGUAUUGGCCAUACAGAUGCACAGGGAGACCUGCAAACCACCAUCAGCUCGUCUGCACAAAGCCCCAAUGCAGCAAACAGUAGCACAGACGCCGAGUGUUAACGGCAAGUGGCGCUGCAAGGACAGCUGCAUUAUUUGCACAAAACCAUGCUUUCUACAUUUGUUCAUUUCAAAUUUAAAACCAACUUCUCAUAUUGUAAAUGAAUUUAGAAAGAUCAUUUCAUCAUUUGCAGCUCGAUCACAAUUGAAAAGAAAAAAACAUCUUACCAGGCAACACAUUUUUCCUUUCACUGUAAAUGUACUGUAUCUGCCUUUAACCAAUAAACACAGGGGGUUAGAUGUUAGGGACAUCUUUCAUACACUUCAGAGUAAUCCAGCACAAUAGUUGCUAUUAGAUUCAUUGUUGUAUUUUCAAAAGAAUGCAAACAAAGACGUUUUAAUAAUAUGUAUUAUUUCUGUGCCACUAGCAGCAAAGUUUACUCUGAACAAUAUCAGUAGAAAACAAACCAUUUACUGCAAAAUAUGCUUUACUUACUUAGAUUUUUCAUCUUGUUUCUAGUCCAAAUAUCUAACAGUUUUUAAAUCAAGAAGCUUUUUCUAGACAAGCAAAAAAUAUUGUCUUGUUUUGUUUUAAGAAAUAAUAUGCCAACAUUAAGUGAGUUUUUCUUUGAAAGAAGCUAAACAAUCUGCA